AUGGCGAACAACAGCAGUGCACCUCCCCCUGUUGGAAACGAGAACAUUAACCUCGACAUUGUCACACUCUCCCGGUUCUUGACCGAGGAACAGACCAAACACCCCGAAGCCUCGGGUGACUUCACCCUGCUGUGCCACGCACUCCAAUUCUCCUUCAAGUCCAUUGCCUACUACAUCCGUCGUGCCUCUUUGAUCAACCUCACCGGUCUUGCCGGUUCCUCCAACGUUACCGGUGAUGACCAGAAGAAGCUGGACGUCAUCGGCAAUGACAUCUUCAUCUCCGCCAUGCGCGGCUCCGGAAAGUGCCGCAUCCUAGUCUCAGAAGAAGAAGAGAACCUCAUCACUUUCGACGAGUACCCCGAGGCCCGCUACGCCGUCGUCUGCGACCCCAUUGACGGCUCAUCCAACCUCGACGCUGGUGUCUCGGUCGGUACCAUCUUCGGUAUCUUCCAGCUGCCCGAUGAGCUCCUGGGCGCCAAUAAGACUGUCGGCCCCGAGGCCCUCCUCCACCCUGGAACUAGCCUCGUUGCCUCCGGUUUCACCAUGUACGGUGCCUCCGCACAGCUGGUUAUCACCAUGCGCGGUGGUGGCGUUAACGGCUUCACUCUCGAGAACUCGCUGGGCGAGUUCAUCCUUACUCACCCCAACAUGCGUCUCCCCGCUGCCCGCUCCAUCUACUCUGUCAACGAGGGUAACUCCAUGUACUGGGAUGAGUGGUGCAACAAGUACUUUCACUCCCUCAAGUACCCCGAAAACGGUGGCAAGCCUUACAGCGCUCGUUACAUUGGUUCCAUGGUGGCGGAUGCUUACCGUACUUUGCUGUACGGUGGUAUCUUCGCCUACCCUGCGGACUCUAAGAGCCCCAAGGGUAAGCUGCGUAUCCUGUACGAGUGUGCUCCCAUGGCCAUGGUUUUCGAGAAUGCCGGUGGUCUGGCUGUGAACUCGCGUAUGGAGCGCUUGAUGGACGUUGUUCCUGAGCACAUCCAUGACAAGAGUGGUGUCUUCCUUGGAUCCAAGGAUGAGGUGCAGAAGGUCAUUGAUAUGUACAACAAGUACAAGAACUAA